AUGAACCUGAAAUCUGAACGCAGAGGAAUUCACGUUGAUCAGUCGGAGCUACUGUGCAAGAAGGGAUGUGGUUACUAUGGCAAUCCUGCUUGGCAGGGAUUUUGCUCCAAGUGCUGGAGAGAGGAAUACCAUAAGGCCAGGCAGAAACAGAUUCAAGAGGAUUGGGAGCUGGCAGAGCGGCUUCAGCGUGAGGAGGAAGAAGCAUAUGCCAGUAGUCAGAGUACCCAAGGGGCGCAAUCCCUGACCUUUUCAAAAUUUGAAGAAAAGAAAACCAAUGAGAAAACACGAAAGGUCACAACUGUGAAGAAGUUCUUCACUGCUUCUUCCAGGACAGGAGCUAAGAAGGCGGCUCAAGAGAAAAUCGUUAAGCAAGGACAGCUUGGGAGGGAGCGAAAUGCUGAUAACAUUCUCAGGGAUUUGAAGGAGAUUUUUACUCCCUCCUGGGAACUGGCUUCCCCUACUGAAGUGUUGGCUGGCAAGUUGAAAGAGAUCCAAGAAGCCAAGGCUCCCAGCCCUUCUAUAAACAGGCAGGCUAGCAUCGAGACAGAUCGAGUAUCCAAGGAAUUCAUAGAAUUUCUCAAGACAUAUCAUAAACCUGGACAAGAUAUCUAUAAGCAGUGUAAACUAUUUUUGGACGCAAUGAAUCAUAAAAGGGACUUAAGUAUUGAGGAGCAAUCUGAAUGUGCCCAGGACUUCUAUCAAAAUGUAGCAGAGAAAUUACAGACACGUUGGAAAGUGCCCCCUGAAAAAGUGGAGAAAGCAAUGGAUCAGAUUGAAAAAUACAUUAUGACUCGACAGUAUAAAUAUGUCUUUUGCCCUGAAACAACUGAUGAUGAGAAGAAAGAUCUCGCUGUCCAAAAGAGAAUCAGGGCUUUGCACUGGGUAACUCCACAGAUGCUGUGUGUUCCUGUCAAUGAAGAAAUUCCAGAAGUCUCUGAUAUGGUUGUAAAAGCAAUUACAGAUAUUAUUGAAAUGGAUUCAAAGCGUGUGCCUCGUGAUAAAUUAGCAUGCAUCACCAAGUGCAGCAAGCAUAUAUUUAAUGCUAUUAAAAUCACAAAAAAUGAACCAGCUUCUGCUGAUGACUUUCUUCCAACACUUAUAUACAUUGUUUUGAAGGGAAACCCACCCCGCCUGCAGUCUAACAUCCAGUAUAUAACACGCUUCUGUAAUCCAAGCAGGUUAAUGACAGGAGAAGACGGCUACUAUUUUACCAAUCUGUGCUGUGCUGUGGCCUUCAUUGAAAAACUGGAUGCUCAGUCCUUAAAUCUAAGCCAAGAAGAUUUUGAUCGCUUUAUGACGGGUCAGACGUCCCCGAAGAAGCAAGAAUCUGACAGUUUUUCACCUGAUGUGUGCCUCGGUGUUAAGCAAAUGUAUAAAAACUUAGACCUUCUGUCUCAAUUGAAUGAGAGACAGGAAAGAAUUGUCAGUGAAGCCAAGAAGCUUGAGAAAGACCUAAUAGAUUGGACUGAUGGAAUCACAAAGGAGGUCCAAGAUAUUGUUGAGAAAUACCCUUUAGAAAUAAAACCAAAAAAUCAAGCCUUAGCAGCUAUUGACUCUGAAAACGUGGAGAAUGACAAGCUGCCCCCACCACUGCAGCCUCAGGUUUAUGCAGGAUAAUUAGCAGUGUUAACUUUGAAAAGCAUCAUUAUCCUCACCUAGUACUAUCUGCUACUUGGGAAGGGGAGUAAAUGUAAGGCUAAAAAUCAGUUGAGCUUAAAUCAGUACAUUUUUAAAGGUACUUUUUUGUUGUUAAGUGUAAUGAAUUGUAUUUAUUUUAGUCAAGUAAAUUUCUAUUAGGCUUUUGUGGGUUUUUGAACUGAAUUUAAAUUUUCUACACAAAACAGUGUAAUUUUUAAGCAACACUAGUCCAUUGACAUCUUUCCUGA